AUGAGGCCCCCCCCAACCACCCAGUAUUGCAAUAUCAUAGGCCCGGCACAGGGCAAAACGGAUGUAAUAGGCCUGGCUCAAAAUUCGCCCUUGGACUUUGGCUGGGGAGCGGGAUUAGCUCUGGAAUCGAACUAUCAACUUAGUAAAUUCAAAGUUGGAGGACAAUCCCUGGGUCUGUUUGACCCGCUUGCCGUCAUCGUCGAGACUCUUUUUUCGCCCUUUGCGAAGUCGGGAUUGCGCGAGUAUAUGGGCUUGCCGGCCGCCCUGGACGAAGCAGCCUAUUCCUCAUUCGUGCGGAGGCCGGCAUCCAUUCCUGCGCUUCCGGCGGCUACCUGCUUGCCGCUGUACCAUCCUGCUUGUGACUCGGCAUCGAGUGGACCAAACCGGAAUCCCCGCAAGUCCAACAAGCAAGCUGCAGCACAGCAAACUUGGGGCAGUCUAGAUCGGCGCUCCCCCAGCGGCACUCCCUUUUUGUCUGUCCUCCCGCCCUCUGAAAGCACGUUUGUAUCUUCAACAUCGCCAACGGUGGAGUCGUCAUACGGGAUCGUUCGUGCACACGGGGUGGAAGGAACGAGGAGAGUUUGGAGGGAGAUCAGAGCCAGAUCAAGGGACGCUGGAUCCAAGCGUGAGUCGCUGAGGGGGAUGAUUUCAGGACGGCCUCGACGCUCCUGGGAUCAUACGCCUGAGUCUUCUCCCCAUCACUCGCCAUUACCCUCAGACUCUGACUCGGAUCACGAGGAAAGAAUGGAAAGUUGGGGUCCCUCGAGACCUCUAAGCAUAGCCGUCCCUGGAACCCAGCUCGCUCGCCCGACGUUGGAAGAUGUGCUCGCCGAUCGAUCGCCGCCGCCAUACACCCUCAGCGCCUUCACCGCAUACCUGUCCCAGAACCACUGUCUAGAAACGUUAGAAUUCAUCAAAGCCGCCGAUCUCUAUCGCACAUACUACCACAGGCCCGAGCGGAACGACACCCCCGAAGGGCAUGCUCAACGACUGCGGUUCCACUGGAAUCGGAUCAUCAACACGUACAUCGUGCCCGGCGCAGCGCGAGAAAUCAAUAUCUCCAGCACCGUCCGGGAUGCCCUGCUCAGCCAUUCUCAAUCGUCCCGUCCACCCCACCCAGACGUCCUCCAGGCAGCCGUUCGACGAAUGCGCGACCUGAUGGACGAGUCGAUAUUCCUCGUCUUUCUCAACAGCCGCUCCCCGACACAACAGCCACCUCCGCGCGUCUCCUACCAGUACCCUCAAAAUAUCGCGAUGGAGGAAACGCGCAUCAACCGCCACGCAUCCAUCCGACGACAGAUCUCCCCCGAAGCCUCCUAUGCCGUCCCUCGCUCGUCGGGCUUCUCGUCGCAGCCCACAUCCGCCUCCAACACCAGCUCGUUGAGUAGCUCCGCCUACCGCUCAUCGCCCCACGGGUACACAAGUGGCGACUCGGUUUCGGGCAGCCUGACAGACGAUUCGAGUAGUGUUCCGUCGAGUCCGGGGACUGGAGCCCCAAUGACGCCACCAACGACCCCCCCUGGCAGCAACAUGCACAGUCCUCGAAGCCGGUCGGAUAAAGGCUGGAAAAAAAUGGGAAUGAAGCUCGGGUGGAAGAAGUGA